UAACCUGACCAGAUUGGUUCUGGACUCAGCCGGGUCUCCCUCUUGUUAGUUCACAGCAUUCUGAAGACCUGUCCACCAAUCACAGGGCUCCUUACUGGGUGCAAAAACAACUGCUAGACAUUGCCAGGAGUCCCUAGCAACACUGUGGCUUUUGAAAUCUGGAGGGGGAGGCCGUGCAGUCAGCCGAUAGUAGAGGAGAGUGCUGAUGCCUCAGGAAGAGACGGCUCUCAGGAUGGACACCCCACCCUCUGAAGAACCCUUAGAUAAGCAAAACAAAAAACUAGAAAACCAGGAAGAGGAGAUGGAGUUUAAGGAACUGGAUGGUCUGAGGGAAGCCUUGGCAAACCUCCGGGGACUGUCCGAGGAGGAGAAGAGUGAGAAGGCGAUGCUGUACUCCCGCAUCCAGGAGCAGUCCCAGCUCAUCUGCAUCCUGAAGCGGAGGUCGGACGAGGCCCUGGAGCGCUGCCAGAUCCUGGAGCUGCUCAACACAGAGCUGGAGGAGAAGAGGAUGCAGGAGGCUGAGAAGCUGAAGGCCAAGAGCCAGCAGGCCCAGAGGCUGGAGGAACGCUUUAUGACCCUGGCAGCCAACCAUGAGUUGAUGAUCCGCUUCAAGGAUGAACACAAAAGUCAGAACAUCAAGCUGAGAGAGGAGAAUGAGAAGCUGAGGAUGGAGAAUGACCACCUCUUCAGCCAGGCUCUGAAGGACCAGGAGGCCAAGGUAUUGCAGCUCACUGCCCGGAGUGAGGCCCUCACCCAGGAGCUGGAGUCUCUGAAGCAGAGGAGCACUCAGGAGGCCUGCCAGGCCCAGGCCCAAGAGAAGGAACUGCUGGAGCUGUGCCAGAGCCAGCAGGCCUGCGCCCACACCAAGGACACAGAGCAGCUGCGCAGCCAGCUGCAGAGCCUCAAGCAGCAGCACCAGCAGGCCGUGGAGCGGAUGGCCAAGGCCGAGCAGGCACACAGCCAGCUGAACCGGGAGCUGCAGGCCAGGCUGCAGACCGUCACUUGUGAGAAAGACGAGCUGGUGCAGCUGUCCAUGGAGAGGGGCAAGGUGCUUCAGAACAAGCAAGCGGAGAUCCGCCAGCUUGAGGAGAAGUUGGAGACGGCCGAUGUGGCCAGGAGGCAUGCGCUAGAGCGGUUUGAACGAGAGGCAGUGGCUGUGGAUAGUAACUUGAGAGUCCGGGAACUCCAGCGCAGGGUAGAUGGGAUCCAGAAGGCCUACGAUGAACUCAGGCUGCAGUCCGAAGCCUUCAAAAAGCACAGCCUGGAUCUUUUAAGCAAGGAGAGAGAACUCAACGCCAAACUCCGCCAUCUCUUUCCAUAAGGAAGCUUCUGGUUCCUCUGGCCUCCAAUUUAGAAAUCAAGUAUUUGUGCCUUGUGGCGAGAGUAAAGAUGGGAUUCCGUUUAUUCUACUUUUAAGUACAAGAGACCACUCAAAGAAAAACUACUUUACUAUGAUAUUGUUGUUGCCAUUGCCCGGAUAACACUAAUUUUCAGUCCUACCCACCUAGAAUACACGAGAUUUACCAAA